AUUUCAUCUCGUGUGUAUAAAGAAAUCAAACAAAGGCACAAAACACAGUUACACGCAGUCAUGCACGUACUCCUAUUCUUUUAUGAACAUCAUCAUCAUCGUUAUCCAAACAUCAAAUCCUAAACCGUCUAAAGACUGCAAUAACCAAACGGAUCGAAAUAUAUAACGAUCUAAAAGUCUAAAACAAUUAAGCUAUCUCCGGCAACCCAACAAACUCCGGCGACAUAGCCAUCUCCGGUGACCCAGCCUACCCCGGCGAACCUUCAGAUCCACUUUCAACCGGCCAUAUCCAGUGACAAAACCAUAUCCGGUGACAAAGACAUCUCUAGCGACUUUUAGAUCUACUUCUCUUCAGCCAUUCGACCAUUUUUUCCGGCGACAUCUUCAGCCAGUUGACCGGUUCGAUACGGGUUUAAAGCGGUCCGGUUCACCCUUGGUCGCCCGGUUCAGUACGGUUUGAUCCGGUUCACGUUCAGCGAAUAGAUCGGUAACUAUCAACCGGAUUUUGUCAUAUUUCCGGUCGAACCGUGGUCGAUCGGUCCGACCGGCCGGUUUAAAAACAUUGCUUUCAGGAACUUGAGCCCCGCCCCUAGCUCCAACUGAACUACCACCGUCCAACCGCCGGUCUGCUCCAUCUAAUUUCGUAACUGUUUUGAGACUACUUCGAGCCUUGGAGGCUAUUACGUUACAGUUUCACUGCUUGUUUUGCUACUUUUUAAUGGCUCUUGUGAUGCUCAUCCAUCAUCUAGUACCUUUAACUUAGGAAGACUUGCGUGAAAGUUGAGAUGCAUGGGCAAGUGUCAUCUUUACCUUCAGAAACUUAUCAAUUGGGGCGCUUACCGCUGUUAUUUUACAACGACCAGAAACAUCAUAUAUCCUGCAUCAAAGCCACCUCCAGAGAAAUAUCUAAAUCUUUGCUCAAAGGGCCUUAUCAAUGAAGCAUUCAAGACCUUCAGUUCAUACAUAUAUUCCGACCCGUCGCUAUACUCUUACCUCAUUAAAGCAUGCAUACAAAUCCACUCACUUUCACUUAUUCAGCAACUUCAUUCGUUGAUAAUCACAUCUGGGUGUUCUGGCACUCGGUUUGUUAUGAAUCAUCUACUCAAUGCGUACGUGAAGUUUGGUCAGUUACCGAUUGCAGGCUUGUUGUAUGAUGUAAUGCCUAAGAAAAAUAUAAUGUCAUGUAACAUUUUGAUUGGUGGGUUUGUGCAAAGUGGGGAUUUGGGUAAGUCAGUUAAAGUAUUUGAUGAAAUGCCUGAGAGAAAUAUUGCGACGUGGAAUGCCAUGAUUGCGGGUUUUACUGAGUUUCAACGUAAUGAGGAGGCUUUGAGGCUUUUCUCGGAAAUGCAUGGGUUGGGGUUUUGUCCGGAUGAAUUUACUCUUGGCAGUGUUCUUCGAGGUUGUGCUGGUUUGAGGAGUUUAAUUGUAGGCCGGCAGGUUCACACCUAUGCGGUUAAAUUUGGAGUUGAAAUCAAUGUGGUUGUCAGCAGUUCACUUGCUCACAUGUACAUCAAGUCUGGAAGUUUAAAAGAAGGAGAGAAGGUGUUCAAAUCCAUGCCAGCUCAUAGUGUAGCUUUUUACAAUACGCUUAUCACAGGUAUAGCCCAAAGUGGAUGCUCCGAGGAAGCUUUAAAUCAAUACUACCUAAUGAAAGUGGCUGGAUUUAGACCUGACAAAAUUACGUUUGUAACUGUGCUCAGUUCGUGUUCUCAGUUAGCAACACUUGGACAAGGUCAACAGAUUCAUGCGGAAGCAAUAAAAUCCGGUACCACUUCAUCAGUUUCUGUUCUUAGUUCAUUGGUUAGCAUGUAUUCAAGAUGUGGAUGUUUAAAAGAUUCUAUGAAAGCAUUUUCUGAAACUGAAGUUCCUGAUGUUGUCCUAUGGAGUUCAAUGAUCGCAGCUUAUGGAUUUCACGGAAUGGGAAAAGAGGCCAUUAAAUUAUUUGAUCGAAUGGAGAAAGAAAAAUUGGAAGCGAAUGACAUUACUUUCUUGAGCUUACUUUAUGCUUGUAGUCAUUGUGGAUUGAAAGAACAGGGGAUUCGAAUUUUUGAUUUGAUGACAAAUAAAUAUGGACUGGAGCCUCAACUAGAACACUACACUUGUUUAGUAGACCUCCUUGGGCGUUCAGGCAGUUUGGAGGAAGCAGAAGCUGCUAUCAGAUCUAUGCCCUUGAACGUGAAGGCAGAUUCUAUUAUAUGGAAGACAUUAUUAUCUGCUUGCAGAAUAUACAAAAAUGCUGACAUGGCAAUUAGAAUUGCUGAAGAAGUCUUACGGGUGGAUCCUCAUGACUCCGCAUCAUAUAUUCUACUUUCUAACAUACAGGCCUCUGCUAAACGAUGGCAAAAUAUGUCUGAUUUUAGGAAGACAAUGCGGGACAUGAGAGUGAAAAAGGAGCCUGGUGUAAGCUGGUUUGAGAUGAGGAACCAGGUUCAUCGGUUCUGUAUGAGCGAUAAAUCACAUCCAGACUCAAAUAAAAUCGCUAUUUAUUUAAAGAAGUUGAUAGCAGAGAUGAAAUUGUUGGGUUAUAAGCCUGAUUAUGGAUCUACUAUUCAUGAUACAGAUCUUGUGGAAAAGGAAGAUGAUUUGGUCCAUCAUAGUGAGAAAUUGGCUAUUGCUUUUGCUCUUAUGAACACACCAGAUUGUGUCCCUAUCAGGGUUAUGAAAAAUUUACGAGUGUGUAAUGAUUGCCAUGUAGCGAUCAAGUAUAUAUCUGCAGUUAAGAACCGGGAGAUUGUUUUACGAGAUACUAGUAGAUUUCAUCAUUUUAGGAAUGGUCAAUGUUCAUGUGGAGAUUUUUGGUAAGAACAUGUUAUAUUAGUCAGUCA